AUGGAGAGCAGUAGUACCACUAAAGUAUCGUUUAUUCUCAUUUUCUUCCUCGUGGCAUUUCUUGUAAGAACUAAAGGAAGAAAUGAAGUGCCAUUGAAAAAUGAGAACUGCCAAACUCAGCAUUUCUUGGGUGGGCCUUUUGUUGGAUGCCCUUCCUAUGCGCCGAGGUUUGGAUUCACAUGUUGUAUUUUCAUUCCUAUUGGGCCUAAUCCUGGUGGUCCUAAUCCUGGAGGACCUAAUCCUAAUGGCCCUAAUCCUAGCGAACCUAAUCUUGGCGAAUCAUAUCAUGGUGGAUCAUUUGGCUUUGGUCUUGGAGGAGGCAAUCCUAGUCUUGGAGGACCUAAUCCUGGCAGGCCUAAUCCUAGUAAAUCGUAUGGCUUUGGUCCUAGAGGAGGUAAUCCUGGUUCUAGAGGAAUCCCAACCCUUGGUGGGCCUAAUCUUGAAGGACCCAAUCCUGGGGGGCCUAAUCCUAGCGGAUCUAGACCUAGCAGGCCUAAUCUUGGCAGAUCGUAUGGCUUUGGUCCUGGAGGAGGCAUUCCUGGUUCUAGAGGAAUCCCAAACCCUGGUGGACCCAACCCUAGUGGGCCUAAUCCUGGAGAACCCAAUCCUGGUGGACCUAGUCCUAGUGGACCUAGUCCUGGUGGAUCUGGGCCUAAUCUUGGAGGACCUAGUCUUGGUAAGUCAUAUGGCUUUGGCCCUGGAGGAGGUAUUCCUAGUUUUGGAGGAAUCCCAAGCCCUAGUAGGCCUAAUCCUAGAAGGCCUAAUCCUAGGGGAUCUAAUGGUUUUGGUCCUAGAGGAGGCAAUCCUAGUUCUGGAGGAACCCCAAACCCUAGCAAACCAAAUCCUAAUGGACCAUAUGGUUUUGGUCCUUGA